AUGUUAAGAUUUUCCAGAUCUUGCAGCCGAAUGCUAGUAUCUAAGCGGCUGACCUCACAGCUGAGAUGUGUAUCUCAGACUGCUUUUCUGAGGAAGCCGUCAGGAAAUAUCGAUGGACUGAGUGGCGCGACAGGUCGGGAAGACAUAGGCUUCCUCAAAUCAUCUUCUGUGUCAAUGUCACCACAUUUUGGCCCUUUUGACCACUCACAUGCUGUCGUCAGCGCUGCUGAAUCCAGAGACAUAAUGAACCUCUGGUCGCUGCUGGAAGCCUGUCUUCAUUCGGGAUAUAUGGAACGCGCCUUCUCUAUUCUGAAGUCACUCUACGCGUUGAAAUCGCAUCAGGCGUACUUCAUCGAUGACUACAACAAAUUUCUAAUGAAGUACGCGGAAACUCUGCAUGACAUAAAAGACCUUGACAAGAAACUGUUCCAUGAUAUUCAAGAAACGUUUCCGGCCUGUGAAUACAACGACAAAACCCUCGCAAUUUUGAUUCAUCAUGCGCUCAAACUCUCUUCUUCUGCUGAGGCGAAGCUGGAACACUGCAAAAUUUAUUUUAAGAUGGCCGUGUCAGGACAAAGAAGUAUUUUAAGCAACGUCGAUGUCCUUACAGUACCAAACUACAAAUCCUUAGUGCAUGAUCUUAAGUUGGUCAGCCUAAACGAACUUCCAGCUGCUGUACGUCCUCUAAUAGAAUCCGGUAAUAUAGUGACCGGGGAAAUGCUGUCAUCACAACAGUCUUCUGAGAUCAAUGCUAAGGCGCUCUCUCAUGGGGAAGUCGCUCUAGACCGCAACAUUGAGCCCCUAGACAAGGACGCCAAAGAACUUUUGGCAGUUGAUACUAUAGGCAUGAAGGUAGUACGACACACAUUACUGGGGCUUUCGUUCACAGAGGACCAGAAAAAGCAGAUUACAUCAUUCAACUUUGACACAUCCUCUAAUUUGCUUAACUUCGAUCAAGAGAAAGAGAGCAUAGAUUUUUUUGAAAUGUUUCGCAAUCUCAAGAGCGAAGAAGAAAGGCGUUCCUUCGAAAGCGCUCUUGAUGAGUUCAAUCAGGAUAGACAGCACCAGCUCGAAAACCGGGCCACAGACGCUGCAAAAGAGCGCUGGAGGCACGACUUCGAAGAAGCGAAGUCUAGAGGGGAUCUCUCCAUCCAAAAAAAGCUCAACAUUAAACUCUGGGAAUGGUUCAACCUUAUGCUACCCCUCGUGAAAGAAGAAGUAAGACGCUGCGCUGCGGUGGCAAAUAAGACCGCUCAAGAUACUUCUUUAUCGCCUCAAGAGAAGAAGCAAAACAAGGCCAGGCAAGAAUACGGACCUUAUCUGACACUGGUUGAUCCCGAGAAAAUGUGUGUGAUUACAAUACUAGAACUGUUGAAGCUUAACUCGACGGGCGGAAUCAUCGAGGGAAUGAGGACAGCGAGGGCUGUCAUUUCAGUCGGAAAAGCUAUCGAAAUGGAAUUUAGAGCAGAAAUGCUUCUGAAAAAUGAAUCCCACGUUUUCAAGGACGUUAACAAAAAGUCUCAUGAAUUCAAGCUCAUGGUCCAGCGGGCGAGAGCCACUUUCAGAUCUAUUAAGAUAGAAGAAUCCAAAGUUCUCUGGCCUCAAGAGGCUCGUGCCAAGAUCGGUUCUAUUUUGAUCUCCAUGUUGAUUCAUGUAGCUAAAGUGAAAGUUGAAGGUGUUGAUCCUGUCACAAAUGAGAAGAUCAAGGGCGAAGCCCCAGCUUUCUCCCAUGGGUACCAGUACCACAAUGGGUCGAAGCUUGGUGUGCUAAAAAUCCACAGAUCAUUGAUUCACCAACUCAAUGGCGAACGCUUGGUAGCGGCUGUUCAGCCACAGCUUCUUCCAAUGUUAGUAAAGCCGCGCGCUUGGAACAGCUGGAACUCAGGUGGCUAUUACUACACCCAAUCUACGCUCAUUAGAUCAAAAGAUUCACCCGAACAAGUUGCUUACCUCAAAGCUGUGUCUGAUGCAGGUGCCAUCGAUAACGUCUACCGCGGUUUGAAUGUUCUAGGUGAAACACCAUGGACAGUCAACCGGAAGAUGUUUAAUGUUAUGUCUCAAGUCUGGAAUAGCGGCAAACCAUUUUUGGAUAUACCAGGAAUUCAGGAAAAACUCACAUUGACACCACAGCCGCCUAGAGAUGCAGAUCCAUCUGUUCACAGGGAAUGGAAACUCAAAAACAAAGAGUUGGCAAAUGAGUUUUCUGGAAACCGCUCUGCAAGAUGUGACGCUAACUACAAGCUUGAGAUAGCGAGAGCAUUUUUAGGAGAGAAGUUUUACUUCCCCCAUAACCUUGAUUUUAGAGGACGUGCUUAUCCUUUAUCACCCCAUUUCAAUCACUUAGGAAAUGACAUGAGCAGAGGAUUAAUGACUUUCUGGCAUGGCAAGCGUCUUGGUUCAACGGGCCUGAGAUGGCUGAAGGUUCACCUAUCAAAUCUUUUUGGCUUUGAUAAGGCUCCUCUAGAAGAUCGUGUACGUUUUGCAGAAGACCACAUUGACGAUAUCAGAGAUUCCGCAGAACAUCCGCUGGACGGAAAGUGUUGGUGGAAAGAAGCAGAUAAGCCUUGGCAGGCUUUGGCAACAUGUAUGGAGCUCAAUGAGGCUUUGAAGAUGAGUAAUCCCGACGACUUUGUUUCUCACCAACCAGUGCACCAGGAUGGUACUUGCAAUGGUCUACAGCACUACGCUGCGCUCGGGGGCGACAUUGAGGGCGCUACUCAAGUCAAUCUUGUCCCUAGCGAUCGGCCCCAAGACGUUUACUCUCAUGUCGCAAAGUUGGUGGUUGCGAGGCUCGAAAAGGCUGCGGCUAAUGGUGAUGAGACCGCUGCCCUUCUUAAGGAUAAGAUAAAGAGAAAAGUUGUUAAGCAGACGGUGAUGACUAAUGUUUAUGGCGUAACAUACAUCGGAGCCACGCAUCAAAUUGACAAACAAUUGUCGACUCUUUUCAACGACCACAAACGGUCCUACGAAUUGUCAAAAUAUUUGACCAAACAUGUAUUUGCAUCUGUGAGAGAGCUGUUUGAGGGCGCCCACCUCAUUCAAGACUGGUUAGGCGAGUGCGCUAAGCGGAUUUCAAAGUCUAUAAGACUCGAUGUCGACGAAAAAACUUUGAAAAAUGGCAACAAGCCUGAUUUUAUGUCUUCUGUUAUUUGGACCACUCCGCUUGGUUUACCAAUUGUUCAACCUUAUAGAGAGAACGGUAAGAAGCAGGUCGCAACAAACCUUCAAACGGUUUUCAUAAGUGACCCCUUCGCGAUUAAUCCUAUAAAUGCCAGGAGGCAAAAAGCUGGCUUUCCACCAAAUUUCAUCCACUCCCUAGAUGCUUCACACAUGUUACUUUCUGCUGCAAAAUGUGGAGAAAAGGGUCUCGAUUUUGCGGCUGUGCACGAUUCAUACUGGACGCACGCUUGCGAUGUUGACACAAUGAAUGUUGUUCUAAGAGAGCAGUUCAUCAAGCUACACGAGGUCGACCUCAUCGAAAGACUGAAGGAUGAAUUUGAUGAGCGCUACAAGAAUUACCUACAGAUUCUGAAAAUAGACAAGAAAUCAGAGGUGGCAAUGAAGGUAACAGACCUUAAGAAAAAACUAAGCCAAAAGCUCGGAAGGCCGUUUACUUUAGCAGAUGAAAUCUAUAUGGAGAAAAAGCGCAUCCAGCUGCUGAGCUCAGAAGAUGCCUCAGAACAGGCAGAAGGCGCCAACAUGGUAACAACAGUCUCCCUGGUUGCUGGAGCAGGUGACAUCUCAAAUCUUGAAAAGACAAGCGACGCCAGCUGUCUAGUAGUUUUGGCGCCGCUCACUUUGCCUCAAAUUCCGCCAAAGGGAGACUUUGAUGUCAGGGAGCUAGAGAAGAGUAAGUAUUUCUUCUCUUGA